AUGCCCAUCUCGGCCACGUCGUCAGCACCAUGUGGUAGCGGUCUCGAUCUCGACCCACUGCCACAUCCAAUCACUCACAUUCGCCUACUUGAAGUACUGCCGUUGGUCAACUCAACCGAUGCUGCGAUCCGCUGUCGGCUAAGGUGUGUUCGAUUAGGAGACUACGAUCAGUGUUACACAGCACUAUCGUAUACAUGGAGCCACAAGAAUGUCAACAAAGUCAUCUCCGUCAAUGGGCAAGAGGUCAGCAUAAGGGCAAAUCUGUACGACUUUCUAUAUGCAUUAUGUCUGGACCAUAAAAAUGUCCGCGAGCGGAAUUGUCAAGUGCAGAUCAUGCCCAACAUUUUUGCCAAGGCGAAGACAGUUUUGGCCUGGCUGGAAUCCGAUGUUGAUGGGUUCAGCAUUGACGCCAGCGCAAUGCAGGAGUUUACCAAGUUCCUCAAAUCGGUCAGACACGACAUUGACAGGCCGCAGCAUAUCUGUCAUGAUUACCAACUCAUGACAGAAUACUGCCCGAGCGCAUCUAGCCUUUCAGCUGAUUCAACAAGAGCAUGGAAAACGAUGCUCCACCUGUGCCGACACAAUUACUGGACUCGACUUUGGAUACUGCUUGAAAACAGGUAUGCUCAGAACUUGAUGUAUCUGCAUGGCGAUGCAUUGUGGACGUGGGCAGAUUUCCGGGCACCUUUCUUACUGAUGUGGUACCUGCUCAAAUGGAAGAUUUUCAACCCUGUUCAAGCAGCCGAGCUCGACCCUAGUCAAAUUUUGAACAGCCCUGCGGCCGAGAUUGUCAGAUCACGCUUGUUCUUCGAAACCACUGACAAACUAGCGCCCAACUUUAGAUACACCGAUGUUGCAGCUGAGAGCUGGCACUUGAUAUCUGAACGGAAGCCGCUGCCGGAUCUUCUCAAAGCACACGAGGACAGAAAAUGCAUGGAUACGCUUGAUAAGGUCUACGCUUUGGUCGGGCUUUCCGAUACUACUCUAAGCGUGGACUACGGACGUAGCGAUAUCGAGCUUUUCUGCGCAGUUCUGCUUGACCUCAAGGUGUCUCCCGAGCUUAGUUUCGUCUCGAUGCUUGCGCACCAGUUAGGGGUUGGUGCUUUUCAGUACCGUAUGAGGCGGAGGAGCUUGCUUAAGGGUGUGUCGCCUACUACUCCAGAGCAAUCGAUCGCUGAUUUGGUUGGCUUUGGCUGCCGUCGGGCCUACUGUGUCAAGGCAAUUCAAGCUCGGACAGAGAUAUCAGAUAUUGUGCAGGCACGUCUGGGAGUUCAGAAGCUGAAUUACUACCGCAUCAGGGCCAAGCAGAACAUUGAGGAGAUGCAAUUUUGGGAUGACUUUCCUCAACCAGACGAGCAGGAGAUGCCUCGGAUCUCAGGGCAUACCCCUGGAACAUCGAUGCCUAUCGUUGACGGCUUCGAUCUUUCUGACACAAGCUUCCGACCAGCCAUAUUCCUCAAUCUAAAUACUUCCAGAGGCAGGGCCGUCUUUGGCAUGGCUUCCACGGACUACAUACAAUCUGGAGAUCUGCUCAUCACAUCAGACACUAUGCACUCUGGCAUCGUUGUCCGUAUAUCUGGUCUAUCGAGGACAUGGCUAACAGUCAUUGGCGUUGUUCUCUUCGCUCGUAAAGUUACGAUCGAAGCAGGUUUUCCCUUGACGAAGACCCUGUUACCGCAGGGAAGCACUAUCAGAAGCACGAAAAGCACUACACUAAGUGACUUCUGUGAUCGCACGCAACCAACGCCAUUCACGCUAUCAAGCUGCGACGGCAAUAACCAUGUGACACUAAGACCCGACGAUGCGCAGAUCGAGAGUCUUCUCAGUGGGUCAUCGGGAUUGAUGAGCGGGCGUCAAAGCAGGGCGAGCGGCCAUCAUAGCAGAACAAGCAGUAACCUGACAAGCUCUACCAAGAGCAGCACAAUGUUUGUCGGAAACGAAAAGGUCGUUGACCGUAGGUUUACUAGCAGAAGUGAGAAACUAGAAAGAAUGUUUGAGGCCAUCAGCUUGAACAAGAAACGACAUACGAGAUGA